AUGUUCUCAUCAAACCGCACACGACAGGAAAGCUUCUCGAAGCACCGAGCAAGCAAGUCGAAAUCGAGCAAGAGAGCCCCAUCCUCGUUCAAGGACGCACCAAAGAAAGUAGAGAGGCUCGUGCAACAAGCUCAAGCUUCAUCACCAAAGUCGAACCAGACAUCGCCGUCGUUGGGCAGCGCAAUCAUCACUAUCUCGGUCGGCCGCGAGCAACGCCUCUUCGCAGCACACGAAGAUGUUCUGUCCCACUCUCCUUGGUUUCAAGCCGCCUGCAACGGCCAGUUCUUCCAAUCCUCCAACAAGCGAAUCGAUCUUCCCGACGAGGAACCCGAAGUCUUCUCCUCAAUUCUCGAAUACCUUUACAAAGGCGACUACUACCCUCGUCUCGAAUACAACAAGAAGCGCAGUAGUUGGUGUCUCGAAGACGGCGGCAAUGGAAACGGCACCAGCGAGGCUGUGGUCAACUCUUCUGCCGGCCCAAUCCUAAAGGAUACUAUCAUAUACUGUCAGGCUGAGAAGUACGGGCUUCAGGAGCUGAAGAAGCUUGCUCUGAGGAAGCAAGGUCUUCAAUCUGGUGUUCAAUGCUCCACCAUCCUGACGUCUGCUCGCUACGCGUACGCCAACACACCCGACAGCGACUCGAAGCUUCGAGCACACUACCUUGCACUCAUCAUCCGAGCUCGACACACAUUCAAGCGCAGUGGCACUAUGCAGAAUGAGAUGGAGAAUGGCGGAAAGCUGUUUUUCGACUUGUUCGUCGCCAUGGUCAACCAUAUGGACGACUUGUCGCCACGCUAG